UCUCUCUCUCUCUCUCUCUCUCUCUGCUCAUAGUUUUUGAGUUUGAGCUUUACAAAGAUCGAUCCAAGCUUUAAAAAAAACAGUUUUUUUUUUCUUCUUAAAAUCCAUAUCAGUUUUUUUUUUAUUUAUUUAAUCAUUUUUAUUGUUGGGUUUUGAUUUAUUUAAUUUUUCAUGAAUUAAAAGUCAGCUGGGGUUGGUAAAAUUUGCUGGUUUUUUUUAAGGAUCUUGAUUAGUUGAGCUGAAAAGUUUUGAGUUUUGAAUAAAUGGGUUUUGAAUUUUGUGUGUUGUAGUUGAAGUUUAAGGCCUUUGGGUGUGUAAAAAGUGAAAAAUCUUGGAAUUAUUUAUUUGAAUGAUUUCUGUUGGGAGUAGAGAUGGAAGAAAGAGGAUAGGUUUAGGGUUUGAUGUAAUGAUGGAAGAAACCGAGCUUGAAGAAGGAGAGGCUUACUGUUAUGAUAACAAUAAUAAUGAUUCAAACAUUGACCCUGAUGUUUCUUUCUCUUACCUUGAUGAGAAACUCCACAAUGUUUUGGGACAUUAUCAAAAGGAUUUUGAAGGUGGAGUUUCAGCUGAGAAUCUGGGGUCAAGAUUUGGCGGGUAUGGUUCAUUUUUACCUACUUAUCAGCGUUCUCCCUCUUGGUCUCAGCCAAGGACUUCACCAGAAGCCAACAACAAUAACAGACAAAUAACACCACACAAUCUGCUCCCUGAGGGUGGUCGACAAACCUCGUUAGGAUCAUCAUGCACUUCUCUGUCAGGAAGACCUGUAGCAUCUUCUGCCCGUUUACCUGCACUUAGGGCUCCACAAUUCAAGGGGGAAAGAAAUUCUGCCCAACCAACUACUCAAGCUGCAGACUCCAAUUCAAAAAGUGAAAAAGUGAAGAAGCCAAGAAAGGCCUCUGACCUGAAAACGCUUAAGGUGCGUAUCAAAGUUGGCACCAAUAAUUUGUCGACCCGAAAGAAUGCAGAAAUCUACAGUGGGCUUGGGCUUGAUGACUCUCCAUCAUCUUCGCUGGAUGGUAGCCCCAUGGACAGUGAAGGGGUAUCCCGUGACGUUCAGGUUUCCCCAGAUGAAUCCCCUACUAGUAUACUUCAGAUUAUGACCUCACAUCCAAUGCGUGAUAUCUUAUUGUUAUCCCCCCUCUCAGACGAGUUGAUUAACCUGACUGAAAAUGAAAAGAUUUGGGGAAAAUGUGAAUAUGAAGGGAAGAAAAAGGCAAGCCUUGAAACUUUGACAUUAGCGAACGGUACUCAUUAUGCAAAUGGAGAAGUUUCAGAGGCAAGAAAAUUGAAAACUUAUGACAAAGAUGCCUUGGCAAAGGGCAAAGGCUAUGAUAAUCAAAAUGGUAGUGCCUUGUCAUCAAAAAAGGAGAUCGAUAUUGAUGGUCUUGCCUGUGAAGAACUUGUUUCGAAGGCUUUGAAACUCCCUCUUUUAUCUAAUCGAAACCCUAAUUUUGCUGAUCCUCCAAAAGAUGCAGAGAAGACAGCUGACAGUUCAAAAACAGCCUCUAAGAGUAAGACCAAAGAAGCAUCCUCUGAGCGGGUAUCCAAGAAAUCAUUGCUGCCGGUCGCUGCAAUGGACACAAAUUCUGUUGAAGGGUCUGGUGGAAAGGUUUCCUCAUCUAGGAGAACUAUGGAAAUUAAAGGGACAUAUUGUAAUGAUCACAGCUCAGGAUACUUGAAGAAAGAAGGCAACAAUGAAGAGGAGGAAGCUGAUGAUUCAUCCAACAAUGGGCAGGCUAAAGACGGGAAUGUACCAAAUGUAGAUGCUGUUAGUCCCCUCAAGCAGUCAUCUCGUCAGAAAAGCUCCUCCAACAAUGAGGAUGGAAUGAAACUGGCUCUUGAAAAGGAACUUUUCGCAUCUGCAGACACAAUGAAACCCAUAGGAAAUCAAUGUCAUAAUGCCCAAAGUACAGAGGUAUUAAAAGAAAGUUCUGUUGCUGAUUUGUCCAUAGCGUCUAAGGGAAAGAAAACCUCUUCUAGCACAAACCUUAGUGAUUCAGAGGACUUGAAAAAGAACCUAGCCAGGGAUAAAUACAAAGAAUUCUUUGGUGACGUAGAACUCGAACUAGAUGAUGCUGAAACUGGUUUGGAGCAAAUUCAUUCAAAGGAAAUGCUCAAGGGUUCUGAUGCAAUCAGUAAGAAGAGACUUGAACGUAAUAGCUCGAUGAAGGAAAGAGUUAAUGGUAGGAAAACUGAGAAGCCGUUUGCUUCCGCGGAGUAUCCUAAGUUGGCUUCAACUGGGGCUCCUCACACCGUCUGUGAAUCCAAUCCCGCUGCACCUCCAGGAGCUGGGGCUCCUGUAGUUAAAGAAGAUUGGGUAGAGUGUGACAAGUGUCAGACUUGGCGUCUACUGCCACUUGGCACUGAUCCUGAUAGUCUCCCCAAGAAGUGGGUUUGUAGAUUGCAAACCUGGCUGCCUGGAAUGAAUCGCUGUGGUAUCAGUGAAGAAGAAACGACGAAGGCUCUAAGAGCUCUUUACCAGGUGCCGAUGAGUGGUGCUACCACCCAUGCUUCUGACAAAAUAUAUAGUCAGCAUGAAUAUCCUGGUGUGGCCCUCUCAGGAGUAACUUCUAUUGACACGUUGCAUGCCAGCCAAGACCACCAAAAAGCAGGUAUACAAGCUGCUGAUGCUGUUGGGAAGAAAAUUUAUGGAUCAAAAGGUGUGUCAAGUGCAACAAAACAGGAAGGUUCACUGUCAUCAAACGGUGUCAAAAGAAACCAUAAGGGGACCCCAAAUAGCAGAAGCUCGAACGGAACUACUAAUUCUCCCGCUGAUGAAAAUGGGCAUCAACUGGUGGGCCUGCCAAGUAGCUCAAACAUAGAGAAGCUGAGACUUAAACAAAAAGAGAAGAGAAGAUCACUUGAGAACCAUUCUGAUGGGGGUAUAAAAAAUUCGAAGAUGAGGAACACAAGUGAGACAGAUUUGGAUGGUUCUACAGCUAAAAAGUUCAGGAGAGAUGAUGUACAUUAUGAUGACGACCCCAUUGGGGCAAAACUGGGACAUAGCUCAAGCACUGGUUUGUCGAACAGUGGAUCGGAAAAGGUUAGGGAUAAAUAUAAAUACAAGAAGUCAAAGGCUGAUUCAUUUAAAAAUUUGGCUUUAGCAACAAAUCCAGAAAGCCAUACUUUGGAUGGUUCAGUCAAUAAAUGUGACAGUAAAGACUCCCUUAAGAAGAGAAAACGGAGUGAAUCCCAGGAUCCCGAGACACAACCUCCCCGAGAAAUUAUAGAAGAGACACGUGAUAACGGACGUAGGAAAGAAAAGAAAGCAAGGGUCUCUAAGUCUGAGGGAAAAGACUCCAGCAGAAGCAGAGCUAGUGGAGGAACUGAUGGAAAAGGUAGAGGUAAGGAAGAGCGAGUCGGACAAGAUCUAGAUAGCACUCUAUCUCAGCGAAGUGCUGAUGCUGGAGAUUCUUCAAAAAGGGAUUUGUCUGCUUUGCAGCCUUCUGUUGCAGCCACUUCGAGCUCUUCUAAAGUGUCUGGUUCACAUAAGAACAGAGCUAGUCUUCAGGAACUGAAGGGUUCACCAGUAGAAUCGGUAUCUUCAUCUCCUUUCAGGAUUUCAAAUACAGAUAACUGUUCAUCAACUAAAAGGAACACCAAGAGAAAAGACGAUCACAAGAAUGCUAGUUCCGUUCCCAGUUCUACACCAAGAAGGUUUUCCAAUGGCAAGGAUCAUGGAAUGGAGUCGUCUGGACUUGAUUACCAGGAGAAAGAUGUCCAUGAUGUAUCAGGUGCUAAAAUCAAAGCAAAGAUUACAGGUUCUGAUUUUGCUACUCCUCAGGACACUGAUGUAACGGGUGAUCCAUUAGGUCAAGCUAAUCAAUAUGCUUGCAUGACAGAGAACCCGGACCAAGGCCUAAAUAAUGAAAGAAGGAACAACAGUCAGUUACAUAAUAAUGGGGAUGAGAAGGCUUUGUUGUCUCAGCAUAAAGAAAAGAAUCGUACUGUCAGAUCUGAUUCUGGCAAAUGCAAGACUAAGGAUCCUGAUAUUUCAAAUGAAUCUUCAGAUCGAAGAACAGAUGAGGGGAAAUUGACAUCCGGAAGAAACAAGAUUGAGGAUAAAUCUGGUGCCGGUCCUGAUAGAUUACAACAAGGUUCCAAGAAAGAUUGUUUUGGAAAAUUGUUGAAUGAGAAUGCUAAAGGAGAUAAUCGAUCGAAAUUUGGCGAUCAUGAUGGUGCUGAAGUUAAAGUAGAUGUUACGUCCAGUCUGGAUAAAAGGCAGGCUCGUCUAACUGAUCGGGAUGAUGGGAGAUCGUUUAGGAAGAUUGCUGACAAAGCAGAGAAAAUUGAAGUACUUGAGAAAGGGAAGUCACACUUAACAUCUCCUUCAAUAAGAGGUCAGAAUGAGACAGUUCCAUCUUCACAACCAGUUCCUGCUUUUGAAGGAGAGAUGUUGAAUGCUUCAAAACAGGGUAAAAAGUCUGAAAGCCACCCUGGAAACACGCCUAAUAGUUUGCGACACUCUACUCCGCCUGCACAUAAGGUUCGGGAUAGCCCUGCUCGGAAGGAUUCUGCAAGUCAAGCUGCUGCGAAUGCUAUUAAAGAAGCCACAAACCUUAAACAUCUGGCAGAUCGCCUCAAGAACACUGGGUCAAGUGAAAGUACAGGUCUCUAUUUUCAAGCAACCCUAAAGUUUCUCCAUGGAGCAUCCUUGUUAGAAUCAUGCAACGACAACACCAAGCACAGUGAAAUGAACCAGUCAAGGCAAAUUUAUAGCAGCACUGCAAAACUGUGCGAGUUUGUUGCCCAUGAAUAUGAGAGAUUGAAAGACAUGGCUGCUGUUUCACUAGCCUAUAAAUGCAUGGAGGUCGCGUACAUGCGAGUAAUCUAUUCCUCUCAUUUCAAUGCAAACAGAUAUAGAAAUGAACUACAAACAGCCCUGCAAAUUUUUCCUCCAGGUGAAUCCCCCUCCUCUUCUGCCUCGGAUGUCGACAAUUUGAACAAUCCAACUAUGGUAGACAAGGUUGCCUUGGCGAAAGGUGUUGCUUCUCCCCAGGUUGCCGGAACUCAUGUUGUCUCGGCCAGAAACCGUGCCAGCUUCACGAGGCUAUUUAACUUUGCACAGGAAGUUAAUUUAGCAAUGGACGCCUCCAGGAAAUCACGUGUUGCUUUUGCAGCUGCUUAUCCUGGACCCGGUGAUACACAGUGUAAAGAGCCUGCAUUAUCCGUAAAGAAGGCCCUCGAUUUCAACUUCCAGGAUGUUGACGGCUUAUUACUCUUAGUGCGAAUCGCCAUGGAAGCUAUCAGCCGUUGAAAUUUAAGUUAUAGCGCUGAAACCAUGGGACACAUCUUGAACCCGUUCCUCCAUUUGCUGUCAAUUGAGCAGAUGUCAGAAAGAGAAUCUCUUGGUGGAGGAAUCAUAUAUACCUAUCAUGUUAUGAGUUCCGCUCCCAAUGCCCUUGUAAAUCUGUACAUAGGUAAAUACUAUAGUUGGUAAGAUAUUCUCAAUACAGCCAGUCACAAUCUCUUGGUGGAGGAAUCAUAUAUACCUAUCAUGUUAUGAGUUCCGCUCCCAAUGCCCUUGUAAAUCUGUACAUAGGUAAAUACUAUAGUUGGUAAGAUAUUCUCAAUACAGCCAGUCACAAUCUGACAGAAAUAAGGAAACUUGGUGAUGCUGUCGUAAAUUCAUAAAAUUGCAAUGCUCGUUGCCUCUCCCAGAUCGAAGAUACAUUUGCAAUCGAGACGGCUUAUUGUUAGCUUUCGACUUGUAGACGGAAAAAAUUCAAAGAAUACACUUCCACAACAGCACAUAAGAGUAGCGUGAUUAGUAUAUAUGGUUCGAGUUGAUUGAUGAGUUGUUAAAAUUGACGAGACUCGGAGAUAUAUCUAUUCUCCCUGUCAGCUUAGGGGAGUCAUAAGAUGAGAUAUGCAGUUGUUGCAAGCAGUUCUGCAUUUGUUAAUUUCUUCUUGAUGAGAAAGAAGCCCAUGGAAUUGAGAACUGCAAUGGCAGCAGCAACCAGAGUUGCUUACUACCCGCUAGUAUCCUACCAGAGCCAUUUGCUCUUCUUUUCCACAGUUGGCUUUGUUCUACGUCAUUACUGACAGUGUUAAAAACUUUUCACUAUCAGUGUACUUUGAUGUUGUCCUUUGAAUUCUGAUAGUAGCCUAUAGGUUAAUUACCAUUUUUACCAAGUUACUAAAUGUUAUUUAUUAUAAGAUGUAAAUAGUAAUCACCUUAUAAGUAACUGGACUCUGUAAAUAAAUUUUACACCUGCCUCCAAGGUUUAACUCAGUUGGCAUAGGUUGAGGAACUUGUCUCUUACGUACAAGCAAACUAGUCCGCUAUGUAAGAGGGGCCGAGUUUAGAUGUAUUUUUUGGUCAUAAUAAAAUUACACCAUUGAUGCUAGAA